AUGAACGAAGUAUCAAAGAUAAAUUACACUAUAAGUGACAAGACUUUGAACAAAGUAGUCAACAUAACCUGUUUUGGUAAAACUCACGACCUUUAUUGCGUAUUGGAAAACUCAUACAAGGCUGAAAAAACAGCUGGUUUUAACAGCACUGUGACAUUAACCACUCAGGCUACAUCUGGGUUCGAGUAUCACGUGGAACAACUUUGUCGUCGAUGGCAAGGUCCGAUAUCAGUCGCGCUUUAUGUUCCUGCAGAUGAUUUUCGACAAUCCCGAGAAAACAUUGAAUAUUUGCGAGAUUGUGGUCAUCGAUGUGUAAGACAUUGGGUGACGUGGCAUUUGUUUUAUGACCUGUUACACCCACCCACAACUACGUUGCUGGAAUCAACCAGAAUCUUAACAAACACGGCCUGGAAAACUAAUGGUUCAAGAACUGGGAGAAGUAAAUCUAAAUGCAAGUCUAAACCAUUAUUUAAUACUGAAUCGUACGUACGACGCAAAGUCCUUCCUUAUCCUAUUAAUGUAGCUCGAAACAUUGCAAGGAUGGCUGCCAAAACGCAUUACGUCUUUGCAUCAGAUAUCGAACUAUAUCCGAGUGAGAAUAUAAUCCCUCGAUUCAUUCGCCUUAUUGAUGACUUGAAAAAUAAAACGCCAAAUUUCUCAACAAAGCGCCAAGUAUUUGUUUUGCCUGUUUUUGAGGUACAACUUGGUACAGAACCACCAACGAAGAAACCAGAUUUAAAACUACUUAUGGAAAAAAAAGUUGCCAUUCCUUUUCACUACUACUUUUGCAGGAUGUGUCACAUGAUUCCUAAGCUAUCCCAAUGGUUAGAAAUCCAAGGAUCGCCAGUUAAACUAAAUAUUUUCCUUAGCACAAAACGAAGAAGAAUCGGGAAAUACUCUGGGUGGGAACCAUUUUUCAUUGGGACCAAUAAGGAUCCGCUUUUUGAAGAGAGGAUGUCAUGGAACGGAAAAUAUAAUAAAAUGCAAGUGGCUUUAGAGCUGUGUUUCCAAAACUACGACCUCCAUGUUCUCGACGACGCUUUCCUAGUCCAUGCACCCGGAAUCAAGAGGAUCGAUGUUGACCGGAAGAAGUUAAGAUUGCCUUUUGUUGGCAAGAAUUUCAAUAUCUUUAAACAAAUCAUGGGUGAGUUACAACAAAAAUAUCCGGAUAGAAUAAACUGCUGAAGAAAAAACAUUAUU